AUGCAUGUCUUAAUGGGAAGACAUAAACCGGAAUUAGCUAUUGCUUUCUUUCUGUUUGGAGGUGAUACUUCUUCUGCUGUCAAUAUUUGUGCAAAGAACCUUGCCGAUGAACAGCUUGCGUUAGUGAUUUGUCGGCUUGUUGAGGGGCGUGGUGGACUGCUAGAGAGACACCUAAUUACAAAGUUUAUGCUACCAUUUGCAAUUGAGAAGGACGGGUUAGCAAGCCUUUUGGAGUGGGAGCUGGGAAAUUACUCUCAAUCUUUAAUACGCAUGCUUGGUUUCCAAAUAAAUUCGGCAACUGAGAAGCAUGCACUUUCGUCCAAUGGUGUUGCUUCCUUGAGUGCAAUAGGUGUCAUACGAUGUGCCCCAUAUGGGGUUUGGGUGCUGGGGAUCCUUAUAGAGCCUCCUAAAGGCAUGCCAAUUGGUUGUGCAUACAGUAAUGUAGAGUCUUCUCCAAUAAAUUCUUUCAAUUGCAUCCAAGCUGGGAUCGCUUUUGGAUCUUCUGAAGCUAGUACAUGUGUAAAGGAAUACGAAAAUCACGAAUAUGUAAAAGUUCUUGAAUCUUUCCAACAAAAGUUAUACACGGUAGUUCAUCUGUUGGAGCAGAAGUUUUCAGUGGUUCCCUUCCAUCUUAUUAGUCUGAUUUUAAUAUCGCUGCACAAUCGUGGGCUAUGGUUCAUUGGAUUUGAUAUAUUACAUGGAUACACUUCUCAACAUCAUGAGCUGGAUAAAAGCCAAACAGUUGAAAGAUUCUUAUCAUAUGCUCUUAUGCAUGAGCCACUUUUGAAGGCCACCAGAAAAACUUCCCUUUUGUUUUCACGCGUUAUUGCUGCCUGCAGUAUAACUUGCUCUAUACUGAAGUCACAUUAUAUUGAAAACAAUGUGUCUGGCGAUAGUAGAUCUAUGAGGUCAGAUUCAUUGGGAUAUUACUUUCAAGGUCUUACACUGUCAUUGUGGAGUUUAAGGGCUGCUUUGAUAAUGCCUUUUGAAGAUCUCACCAUGAAAGCCCGUGCAAUCAUUGAUUUGAUCUAG